UCACCCUCACUUCCUGUUGUUGCACCGAGGCAACAACGUGGAUUCAGUGCAGUCCACCGCUGUGUUGUAGUAACAGUGUUAUGUGUGACCAGAGUCCCGCUCACUCGCCACAAUGCAGAUGUCAAGUGUGAACGAUGUGAAGAUUUACAAUUUGAGCCACGGAAAGUCUCUCCCGGAGUGGCUGUCAGAUCGGAAGAAAAGACAGCUACAAAAGAAAGAUGCUGACAUCCAGCGUAGGAUUGAGCUCAUCCAGGACUUUGAGAUGCCCACAGUGUGCCACUCCAUCAAAGUGUCGAGAGAUGGGCAGUUCAUCCUGGCAGCGGGCACUUACAAGCCCAGGAUUCGCUGUUAUGACACCUAUCAGCUGUCCCUGAAGUUUGAGCGCUGUCUGGAUUCAGAUGUUGUGGCCUUUGACAUCCUGUCUGAUGACUACUCUAAGUUGGUGUUCCUGCACUGUGACCGCUACGUUGAGUUCCACUCCCAGCACGGACACUACUACAAGACACGUAUUCCAAAGUUUGGACGGGACUUUUCGUACCACUACCCCUCAUGUGACCUCUUCUUUGUGGGGACAAGUUCAGAGGUUUUCAGGCUGAAUCUGGAACAAGGGCGUUUUCUCAACUCACUCCAGACUGAUGCCGUGGAGAACAAUGUGUGUGACAUCAACCCCGUCCAUCAUCUGUUUGCCACAGGAACCUCUGAGGGAAAGGUUGAAUGCUGGGACCCUCGCGUGCGGAACAGAGUGGGCAUGCUGGACUGUGCCCUGAGCAGCCUCACUGAGGGAACAGAAGUCCAAGCUUUGCCUUCAGUCAGUGCGCUUAAGUUUAAUGGCUCCCUCACCAUGGCAGUGGGCACCAGCACAGGACAGGUGCUGCUGUAUGACCUGCGCUCCAGUCGGCCACUGCUGGUUAAGGACCAUUUCUACAACCUGCCAAUCAAGUCGCUCAGCUUCCAAGAUCAGCUGGACCUGGUUGUGUCCUCUGACGCCAAGAUUAUAAAAAUCUGGAACAAAGACAACGGCAAGGUGUUCUCCUCCAUACAGCCCCAGACCAACAUUAAUGAUGUGUGCAUCUACCCUCAUUCAGGUAUGCUCUUCACUGCUAAUGAAGAUCCCAAGAUGAACACAUUUUACAUCCCAGCUCUGGGCCCUGCGCCUCGGUGGUGCUCCUUCCUUGACAACCUGACAGAGGAGCUGGAGGAGAGCCCAGAGAGCACAGUGUACGAUGACUACAAGUUUGUUACCCGGAAGGACCUGGAAAAUCUGGGUUUGUCUCACCUGGUGGGGUCAUCUCUACUGAGAGCCUACAUGCACGGCUAUUUCAUGGACAUACGGCUUUAUCACAAGGUCAAAAGCAUGGCAAAUCCUUUUGCGUAUGAGGAGUAUCGCAAGGAUAAGAUUCGCCAGAAGAUCGAGGAGUCCAGGACCCAGAGAGUGCAGGUUAAGAAGCUGCCAAAGGUGAACAAAGACCUGGCUCUCAAGCUGAUGGAGGAGGGUGAUGACGAAGCAGAGCUGGCUUCUAGGAAAAAGAAGGGCAAGGCUCUUCCUAGUCUCCUGGGCGAUGACCGCUUCAAGGUGAUGUUUGAAAACCCAGAGUACCAGGUAGACGAGCACAGCGAAGAGUUCCGCCUGCUCAACCCCAUCGUCUCCAAGGUCGGACUGAAGAGGAAGAAGAAGCUGCGUCUCCUGGCGCAGCAGACUGCAGCUUCUGAGCAGACGGCCGAAGAGGAGGAGGAGCCCGAGGGGCGAGCCAGCUCCGAGGAGGAGAGCUCAGACGACGACAAGAGUUGGGUGGAGGAGGUGAGGGAGCAGCGGAAGAUGCUGUGGCAGGAGGGACGAGACCGCCGGCGGCAGGAUAGGAAGGAAGCCGACCGCAACACUGUCCUGCUGGAGAGGGAACAGAACGGAGGAGACAAAACCGCUAAGAUGGCCGAGAGCAAGAAGUCAAGUCAGCCCCAGUUUUAUCAAAUCAAAGCCGGGGAGGAGUUCAGAAGUUUUAAUGACAUGGCCCGCAAGCAGAAACUACAGAAGGCUUCUCUGGAGGACCGUCUGAAGUUGGAGGAAAAUUCUGGAACUAGCAAUGUGGCCGACACGGCAGUGGGAAGCAAACAGCUAACGUUCACUCUCAAAAAGUCGGAGCAGCAGAGGAAGCAGCAGCAGGCGGAGCGGGAGCACCACGAGGAGAGGAAGAAGCUGAGGCGCUCCGCGGGACACCUGAGCAGCGGCCGUGGAAGAGGCUGGGGCGGCGGCAGAGGAAGAGGAGGAGGUGGAGGAAGAGGACGGGGUAGAGGCCGGUACUGAGGAGGGCAGCCUAGUCCACUCUCAAAGCCUUCAUCCUGGAUGGACAACAGAGACAUUCCUUGCAAAAGCCCUCAUGUAAAAAUCAAAGUGUAGUAGUUUCUGUGUUACAGAUGUGUUCAAGAGCUGAAGAAUACUGUUUUAAGCUCUGGAGACACUCUGGAGACAAAGUACACGAGGCAGAGACUGACGAUGAUGAACGGGGGAGCCUGUCCGGCCCCUGGGUGGUCUGAGCCAUGGGUGUAGCUGCCCUCUCUGAAUUCACAGCAUAUUUAAAAAGAUUUGCUGUGUUACUGUCUUUUGUGCAUAUAAUUCUGAUGCCAUUAUCUUAAAGUACCCUGACAGCAUACUUUUCUGAGCAGGGGUGGAUCCAGGAGGAAUUAAAGAUUUGAAGAGCUGAAAGGACUUGACACGACCUGCCUUGUCUCAGGCAUCUAUUUUCUAACUGCUGCUUCUCAGUGCCCAGUCAUCUGUUUCAUUUAAUUGAUUGGAGAAAAGGUGUAUGUGUGUGUCUGUGUGCGUGCGAAUAUGUAAAAUUAUCCUUUUCUUUUUAUUGAAUAUUAGUAAGCCAAAACUGAAUUAACAAUUGGUACAACACUU